AUGUGGGUCGUUGUGAUAGUGUUUCUCGUCGUUCUGAACAAAGUUUACAUCAAGAGCAGCGCGGAUACGUUUGACUUUGGAUGCAUUUCCACUGACACGGAAGAUUCCUCUCUCGUUCAUUCCAUGUUGUUUAAGGAAAUCGCAACAUUUGAUGCGAUGAAAAAAAUGGGAAUGUGCUCUUUGCGAGGAUGGAAAGGUGUUCUAGGCAGAAAAUUGUUUGUUUUUGCUACAAUCCUCUUCGUCGCAUCAAUUGUUUAUUUUUAUAUAGAUUUUCCAUUGAAAAUAAGUAAUCGAGUUCUAGAAAAUGGAUAUCAUCAACACGAAGAUGAUGUUUAUAAUUAUGAAGAAAUUAUUCAAAAGGAAGAAGGACAAGCUAUAAGUUUCAACAAGUCUUCCAACGACGUGAUCGUAUUUGUCCACAUCCAAAAAACCGCCGGAACUACUUUCGAAAAGUUUCUAGUACGCUACCAACAAAGUCUGCCAUGCAAGUGUCAAGCGCACAAAAAGCGUUGCAAUUGUGGGCGUAAUGCCUCAAAUGAGACGUGGCUGUUUUCCCGAUAUUCAACUGGAUGGGUUUGUGGUCUUCACGCCGAUUUCACUGAAUUGGUUGUCAAUAGUUGUGUUCAACGAGUUUUGGAUAAGCAAGCAGACAUGUCUGUGAUGGGAAACCCGCGUCAAUCAACGACUUGCCAACAUGUUUUGAUCCGCGGAUCGGAUGGGAAGGUGUAUCAUUAG